UCAUUUUUAUAUCGACACGUAGCUUACGUGUUCAGGAUACAGACUAAAAUAUCUCUUGUUUACUGGCUAUAGCCUAUAAGUCUAUAAGUAUAGAGCUCGAGUUAGGCAUGAAAUUCUCGUACACAACUUACAACUAUACUGAUAGAAUUUGAUCGGAUUCUUCUUAAUAUCAAAUUAAAAUUUCAGUUAAUAGCUAGAGGAGAAAGAAAUGCGUGGGCACGUAACAAACGAGAUGGAUGUCGUAGGAGCAUCCGCAGAUGAAAUUUGGGCAGUCUAUGGUUCAAAAGAUCUUCCGAAGCUCAUAAUCACUCUCCAACCUGGUGUUUUCGAGAGAAUCGACAUAAUCGAAGGUGAUGGAGGAGCUGGCACAGUCCUACAUAUCGUAAUGGCCGAAGGAAUAUCCGGACCACAUGAAUGGAACGAGAAGUUUAUCACACUUGACAACCAUACAAGGGUGAAGCAGAUCCAACAAAUCAAAGGAGGUUAUCUUGAUAUGGGGUUUUCCUUGCACCAAGUAACCUAUGAAAUCAUCGAAAAGGAUGAAAAUUCUUGCAUCAUUAGGUCGACGGUUAAAAUUGAACUUGACGAUGAAUUUGAAUCUAAUGCUUCUUCUAUCACCGUUGAUUCCAUGUGGGGUAUGGCAAAAUCAAUCGUCAAAUACGUACUUGACAGCAAAGCUGAGAAGUAAAAAGGCUGAUACUCCGGUGAUGGCCAUGACACUUGACUACGGUAUGAUGAGGACGGCUAUUGUUCUCGGUUUGUACUUUAGGAUCUUGGUCUUAGGCAUAGCUAGCCACUCCACGAGAAGUUCACUCGGAUAAAGGAUUUUUCAUCCUUUACUUAGGUGUAAAUCCCGUUUAAUAAAGAUUAUUUUUAUUUUCCUUCCGAUGAAAAAACAAAACCAAUAAGAAAAAAGAUUCACAAGAAGAAAGAAAUUGCACAAAAUUUUAUGUAAUUAGACCAUCAUUUCCCUUUUUCUUCUCAAGCAAAAAGUAUUUCUUUUGUCAGCUUAAAUUGUAUGGAAAUAAUUUA